CAUUUACAACUCAUUUCUCGCCCAGGAGAUUCGAGUGUGAUCCACAGAAAAGAAAAUCGCGCGCGCGUUUUUUAAAAUCGAUCUACGCGCGGCUUCGUCGCACGUCACUUGAAUAUAUCUUUCGCGCAACCAUUGGGCUUAGGCCUCAAAAAUCCGCCAAAAUUCUACACCAACAAACUUUAAUCAGCCCCGAGAUUUCGCUCCAGUUCGCAACGGCGACCACAAUGCCCUACAACGGCGCUAGUAAUGGCAGUGGCGCCAGUGGCGCCGGCGGAGGGGCCACCAUAGUCGUCACCGAGGGGCCGCAAAACAAAAAGAUCCGCACCGGAGUCCAGCAGCCCGGGGAGAACGAUGUGCACAUGCAUGCUAGGUCCACACCACAACAGAACCAGCAGCAAGCACUUAUGAACAAGUCAAAUGACGACCUACGGAGAAAGCGUCCCGAGACUACACGGCCAAAUCACAUUCUUCUCUUCACCAUCAUAAAUCCCUUCUAUCCCAUCACAGUUGAUGUCUUGCACAAAAUCUGUCAUCCACAUGGCCCAGUGCUGCGCAUUGUCAUAUUCAAAAAGAAUGGGGUCCAGGCCAUGGUCGAGUUCGAUAAUCUGGAUGCGGCCACUAGGGCUCGCGAGAAUCUGAAUGGAGCCGACAUUUAUGCCGGAUGCUGCACUCUGAAAAUCGAUUAUGCCAAGCCGGAGAAAUUGAACGUGUACAAGAAUGAGCCCGAUACCAGCUGGGACUAUACGCUGAGCACAGGUGAGAUUCUACCAAUUAAGGAGAUUGGAAAUGGCCGCUCGCCAUUACUGCAGGAGCCUCUAUACGGUACACGACCUCAGCCCUACAGUAAGUCGCUGUUUUCUAUACCCGAAAAUGUUGUUAUGCUUGAGAGCCUAGCAACACUGCCGACACCACAACAACAUGUUCCCCAUCAACACCACCUCCGCCAACAACAUCAACAUCAACAACAAGCACCACAACAACAACCACAUCCACAACACCUUCACCACCACCAACAACUAGUUGCCCCAGCUCAAUCGCACAAUCUUUAUCAAUUUAAAGAGCCACCGCUAUUGGGACCCGGAGCCGCUUUCCCACCAUUCGGUGCCCCCGAAUAUCACACCACCACACCGGAGAACUGGAAGGGUGCCGCCAUCCAUCCCACUGGCCUGAUGAAGGAGCCCGCCGGUGUUGUGCCCGGACGCAAUGCUCCCGUGGCCUUCACACCGCAAGGACAGGCUCAGGGCGCCGUCAUGAUGGUCUACGGCCUGGACCACGACACUUCCAACACGGAUAAGCUCUUCAAUUUGGUUUGCCUGUACGGCAACGUGGCACGGAUCAAGUUCUUGAAGACCAAAGAGGGCACCGCCAUGGUGCAAAUGGGCGACGCUGUGGCCGUUGAGCGUUGCGUGCAGCACUUGAACAACAUUCCCGUGGGCACUGGUGGCAAGAUACAGAUCGCUUUCUCCAAGCAGAACUUCCUAUCCGAGGUGAUCAACCCGUUCUUGCUGCCCGAUCAUUCGCCCAGCUUCAAGGAGUACACCGGCUCCAAGAACAAUCGUUUCCUAUCGCCGGCCCAGGCCAGCAAGAAUCGCAUUCAACCACCGAGCAAGAUUUUGCACUUUUUCAACACACCGCCCGGCUUGACCGAGGACCAACUUAUUGGAAUCUUCAACAUCAAAGAUGUGCCCGCCACAUCGGUGCGCCUGUUCCCCUUGAAGACCGAGCGCUCAUCGUCCGGACUGAUCGAAUUUUCCAAUAUCUCGCAGGCAGUACUGGCUAUCAUGAAGUGCAACCAUCUGCCUAUUGAGGGUAAAGGCACCAAGUUCCCAUUCAUCAUGAAGCUGUGCUUUUCCUCAUCCAAGAGCAUGAACGGCGCCUGGAACAAUGCGGCCAGCGAGGGCAUGAUCGAGAAGGAGAACGAGGUGGAUUCCAAGGUGGACAUCUACAAUUGAGAUUUGAUUACGAUUGUGUAAGCAAGCAAACAACAACCGGCUUAACUAGAACACAAUACAGAACAACACUGUGGAUAUUGGUCGCAAACAACAUGCAAAAGACAACAGCAACAGGAAAAUCAGCAACAAAUGCGCCACAAACUGCACCAAUAGCUGAAACUUCAACUACAGAUCGAUCCACCAACUUGAUGGCUUACACAUUCGACAUGAAAUGCGGGAAUUUCAAACAAACUGAUUGCUAAAUCAACUAAAGAAACCAACAAAUAUGAAAUGAUAAAUGAAAAACAUUGAAGAAAAAGGAAUUACAAUUAGGCGCAAACGCAUGUAAUUUUUAUACGAGCCAUUUGCAUAGAUUUACUGAAUUCCACCAUAUAUCAAUUCAGCUAAUUAGUAUGACAGCCUAUGUACGAUAUGGCCUCGUUUAAAAGCCACACCAAAUUAAAACACACUUGAUGCACAUUACAUUACAUUACAUUGAAUUACAUGCGUUUGCGUUGCAACAAGAAAACAAACAAAAUAAUACAAAAAACUAAUUGUUAUUAUUGUUACAAUGAAGCAUUAGGACUUUCUCACACAACAGCAAAACAAAAAAUGGAAACACUCCAACCAAUUGUAAACUAUGUAUUCUUUAAUUGAUAAAAAACGACAAACUAAACCAAAAAUAAAUAAUUGUAAUUCAAAACUCAAAAGCAUGUGAAAAUAACUCCAAAUUCCCCCUUCCUCCACCCACCCGCUCUUUCCACUAAAAUGCACUUUGACCCUUGACCCAACUUCCCUUACCCCUAACCCACGGCAGACUUCUGUAUAGGUAAUGUAAUAUGAUUUUCAUUUCGAUACGAAUAUAUUAUUAGUGCAACAAAAGGAAACAUUUCUUUGGACAAUAUUUCGACAAGUAUUCGGGCGUGAGAAAAAGUCUUAACAAAAAUAUUUAUUGAAAAAGGAAUAUUUGUGUAAAUUAAAACCAAAAAUUUAGCAAUUUUAAAUCAAAUUUAUUAGUUUUAGUUAUGCAAAAUCGAGCACUGCAGCACGUUUAUGGCAGUUGAUUUAACAGUUUUUUAUUUUAACGAAUUUAAAACGAGCAGAGGAAUGAAUUAAAAACUUGCACAAGCCAAUGUUUUUACUAUUAACAAAACAAGAAAAAGACAAGACGGUAAACAUAAUUUUUGUGCUUAAUUUACAAAGUUGAAAAAGGCAUAAAUUUAUAUGUAUGAGAUGUAUUUGUAUUUAUAUUAAAAUUAAUUUUAAUUUACACUAAAUGUAAAAAGGAAAAUAACUAAAACAAAACAAAAUAUUAAAAAAAUAACAAGCUAAGAUAAAAGAUGAAAACCUACAAUAUAAUUUAGUUAAGUGCAAACCGAAAAGAGCAUCUAGCUUAGUUAAGAAAUAGCAUCGUUCAGACAUGCAGACGACAGAAAACAUACAACAAAACAACAUAUUUUUGAGGCGUUUUAAAAUUGGAAGACAGAGCCAAACAUUUCAAAACUCCAAGUGAAGUUAGCAAAGCAAAGCUACUACUAAAGAUGGGUGAGGGCGUAUUGCAAAUGCGAAUAAAAGUAGACGAAAACAAAAGAAUUAAAGAUAUCAGCAAUAAAGCAACAGCAACAACACCAUAUCAAAGGCGUAUGUUAGAUUACCUAUAACAUAAACAUAAAUCGGGAUGAAAGAUGCAAGAUAAUAAUGUAACACCAUAUAAUCAAUGAGUUCACUUGAGUUGUAUCGUGUUUUAUUUUUAAGCUCAAUCUGUCGGCAGCUCGAGACCCAAAGAGAUCCGAGCUCGAAACUGCCCGUCAGAAGGCAUUGUUCUACACUACAUUUGUUUUUAAUGCAAAUCAACGAAUACACAAUACAUAAUGCUAGGGCCGCUAAACGAAUUUUCUUCACACUUUGCGAAGUUCACAGCUCGACAAGAUUGUUGGGACUUCGCGUAGAUCAUUUCAUUCAUUUAACUAUCGGUAAUACUAUGUGCAAUUUGGGCUUUAAUCGAGACUUCGCUUGUUCUAUUUAAUUUAUUGCAAUUUUCUCAUUUCGCUCACUAGUUUGUGUAAUUAUUUCAAGUGUCUUAGUUAUUAUGUAAAUUGUUUUGUAAUCCUUAAUUGUAAAAUAUUUUUCUAAAAGUUAAGUAUUAUUGUACUUAAUUUGUAUAAUUAACAUGAUUUAAUGACAAACGAGACGUAAUUAUAAAGAUGAAAAUAAUCUCGUUACAAAUUUAAUGAUAAAUAAUAAUUUUUAAGAACGUAAAGCAACAACGAUCUUAAAGCUCCUAAUUAGAUCAUAAUCAGAUCAAUAAACAAACUACUAUAAUACAAUAAUAUAUAAUAUAACAUAAAUAACAAACUCGGUAGCUAUUUAAUUUACGAAAAUACAAAUUGUAAUCUGAAUUUUAUAUUGUUAAUAGUUUUAUUUGACAUUGAACACAAUUUAUUUUGUGUUUAUUUUUCUUAUGUUUAAUUUUGUAUGAGUAAAAAUAGAAACAAAUAAAUAUAUUUAUAUAUUUAGCUGGUGAAAUCGUUUGGUACUUGCCUAAAAGGAGGCACAGCAAUGUCAGUUAAAUAUAUAAAAUCAUAAA